AUGACAACAUGCAACUGUGGUGCCUCCCUGGACAGCAGUGGGUACCAUCUGCUAACAUGCAAAACCGGUGGAGGGCCAGUUUGGUCGCACGAAUCGCUUGCAUCAGUCUGGUCUGAUUGCCUGCGGGAGCUGCACAUCCAUCAUCGUAGGGAACCGAGGCAUCGGUAUGCCAAUUCCAAUGACCGGCCAGACAUUGUAGCCUUCGACUCAGACUCUGGGUGCAAUGUGGAUCUGGACAUAGCUCUAGCACACCCAUGGAGCUCGGACAUCUUCCCUAGAUCUUCGGAAACAGAUGGCGCCGCUGCUGAGAGAAGAGAGGAGAGAAAAAAGUCAAAAUACGAGAAGGAUUGUCUACCAGGUGGAACUGCUGUCAGUCUCAUUCCUCUGGUUAUGGAGCAUUUUGGACGCUGGGGUGUCAUGGGAAGAAACUUCCUGCAGAAACUAGCAAAGAAAUCAUGUGACGAAAUUGGUAGACCAAACGCUGCAGAGUUCCUUGACUUUUGGCGAAAAAGAUUCUCCCUUCAGCUGCAAAAAUGCAAUGCCAAAGUCAUACUGAGGAAGAUGGCAAGCUUGUCAAGUGACACAAGUAGCGCUAAGUACUCAACCCAGUUCUUUAGCCACUAGGCUGACCUGGGUUAUCUUUUAAGUUAAGUUGUUACUGUUUUUUAGUGCUUUUUCCUGUGUACUGUAGCACCUAA